AUGACUGAAAGACUUUCCCCACGUCGGGGCAGUCUGUUCUUCCCCAAUGUCGGGGGCAGUCUGGCAAUUUUUUUCCCCACGUCAUUAAAAUUCCUUUCCCCAUCUCGGGGGCAGUCUGGCCAAGAAGACUUUCCCCCACGUCGGGGCAGUCUGGCCAAGAAGACUUUCCCCAAAAUAACCAAAGACUUUCCCCACGUCCGCAGUCUGAAGAAGUUUCCCCAAAGUCUGGCCAAACACCACGUCGGGGCAGUCUGGCCAAAAUUUUUUCCCCAUUUUGUCAUCUGGCCAAGAAGACUUUCCCCACGUCGGGGGCAGUCUGGCCAAGAAGACUUUCCCCAUCGGGGGCAGUCUGGCCAUAUAUUUCCCCGUCAUAGUCUGGCCAUAAGACUUUCCCCACGUCGGGGCAGUCUGGCCAAGAAGACUUUCCCCCACGUCAGGGGCAGUCUGGCCAGAAGACUUUCCCCACGUCAGGGGCAGUCUGGCCUGUUAGACUUUCCCCCAUCAGGGGCAGUCUGGCCAUUUCCCCACGUCAGGGCAGUCUGGCCAUAA